AUGGAGACCUACGCAUUGGCUCUAUCUCCUUUCAAAACAUUCAUCAAGUCUACAAAAAUUCCAUUCAGAAAAAUCAGCUACAGAUUCAGCAACGGAUUUAGUGCAGUUUUGUUUUGUAACUCGACAAAAUCAUUCAUCAAAUCGUCCCAUAGCAUUCUCUCUCGAAGUUCUACUUCGAGUUUUAAUAAGGAAUAUUUGUCUCGAACAUCAUUCGAGUUCAAGGUUAAGUCAUCUGCCGCAGUUCCUGAAAGUGUAAGUGAGUCUGGAAAUAGCAGCAAUGACAUGGUCAAGACUUUGCAGCUUGGAUCAAUGUUUUCAGUAUGGUAUCUGUUAAACAUCUACUUCAACAUUUACAAUAAACAGGUUCUGAAGGUUUAUCCAUUUCCAUUAACAGUAACAGCAUUCCAGUUUGGGUGUGGGACAGUGCUUGUUUUGUUAAUGUGGACGUUAAAUCUCCACCCUAAACCCAAGAUUAAUGGAUCUCAGUUUGCAGCGAUAUGUCUGCUGGCUAUGGGGCACACAAUAGGCAAUCUUUUAACAAAUAUCAGUCUUGGAAAAGUGGCUGUUUCUUUCACACAUACAAUCAAAGCAAUGGAGCCAUUUUUCACGGUGUUCCUUUCCGCUCUAUUACUUGGAGAGAUGCCCUCUUUAUGGGUAGUUUCCUCCCUUCUGCCUAUUGUUGGUGGAGUGGCAUUGGCAUCAUUCACUGAGGCCUCUUUCAAUUGGAUAGGAUUUGGCAGUGCAAUGGCUUCUAAUCUAACGAAUCAAUCUCGAAAUGUGUUCAGCAAAAAAUUCAUGGUUAAGGAGGAAACACUGGACAAUAUCAAUCUCUUCUCUAUUAUAACGAUCAUUUCGUUUCUUCUACUGAUGCCGGCUGUCAUUUUGAUGGAUGGAGUCAAGUUUAGUCCAGCAUACCUGCAAUAUGCUGCAAGUCAAGGAUUAAAUGUCAAAGAAUUUUGUAUAAGAGCUCUUUUAGCUGGUUUCUGCUUCCAUACAUAUCAGCAGGUUUCUUAUAUGAUACUACAAAUGUGUCACCGACAAAUUCCCUCGGAACUGCUAUUGCACUUGCUGGAGUUUUCCUGUAUUCCAGAGCCAAGAGAAUCAAACCAAAUCAAAAACUUUCUUAGUGAUACAAUCGAGAUAACUGGACGAGUACAGCUCUUGGGCAAGAACACACAAAUGAGAUUCUCAUCUACUCGAUUUCGCCCCUUCAAACUUUGCAGAAACCCUAGAUUCUAA